AUGUUUGAUGAGAAGAAGAAAGGUGGUUGGAAAACCCGUGAUGGAGAGAGGAAGAUCCGCUCUUUAAUACCGAUCAAAGGUGCUCGAUCCAUCGGAUACCUUGGAGCCAUCGAUAUCUCCAGUAUAUUCAGUCUAGGAGGUCCCUGGCUCGAGCCUAUCAUGGGCGAUCUGCCGUCAAAGUUCAUGACAGAGGGUGGGCAUCCUUUUCCACAGCGAAGCGGUAUCCAAGGUGAACCAUGCUUCACCGUGUCGGGGGGGUACAAGCUCAGAGAGAGCCCUUUCAUUUACUCUGGACAUGCACGUUUGGCCGCGCCCACAAUAAACAACGGGCCAAGACUGGUAAACCCCCCUCCCCUUAAUCCAAUAGGAAACCUGACGCGAGGGUUCGUGCGCCUCCGAGGAGCAGGCAUAUGCCAGACUUUGCAUAAUGUAAGCCACCUCAUCCCGCGAGAAUGCUGUUAUCAGUUCCCACCUCGGUUCAUCGGUGCCACACCGACGCGACGGGACGACGUGGAUAUCCCGUGGACCGUCCAUAGUGUAUUAUUCGUAGAUAUCAAAGAGAGAAGCUGGUCGAGCCUGGGUUCUGGGCCUCGGUGUACCUGCAUGCUGGCAAGGGUCAGAAGAGGACAUCUGCAGGUCUUGGCCAUCUCCCCCAAACUCACUUCAUCUCCGUCUAACCAGGACAAGAGAUCGUCCCCUCUGAUCAAUCUGAUGGGCGUCCGUGGCGUCCUGAUUCGGGCGAGAAGCUGGGCCAAACUUUAA